GACAGAUGACAGCAAAGUUAGGCUUGAAGGCGCUACUCCAAACUCCAAAGCACCUUCUUCUAUACUCUCCUUCCCUUCCCUCACUUUCUCCAUUCAAAACUGGGCUACCUUCCUCAACCCGAAUCCAAGCCCGAGCCCAACAUGUUCGGAUCCUCCCAACCCGCUCCCAAAUCCUCCAUCAAAUUCCUCUGCAGCUACGGCGGCAAAAUCCUCCCCCGUUACCCCGACGGCAAGCUCCGCUACCUCGGCGGCCACACCCGCGUCCUCGCCGUAGAUCGCUCCAUUCCAUUUUCCGAACUCCUCUCGAAGCUGGAAGAGCUCUGCGGCUCCUCCGUGAGACACCUUCGCUGCCAGUUACCGGAGGAAGACCUUGACGCUUUGGUUUCCAUCACUUCCGACGAGGAUCUCGCCAACCUCGUCGAGGAAUACGAUCGCGUGGCGUCGCCGCCACCGUCCUCGUUGAAGAUCCGAGUGUUCCUUCCGCCGCAGAGAUCGUCGAACAAGGUUUCCACGCCGCAUCCGUCUCUGUCAAAAUCAGCAUCUUCAUCUUCGUCCACCUCAUCCGCGUCCUCGGUGUCGUCUUCGUCAUCAUAUUGCAGCCAGACCGGCGGUGGUUCUGGCCAGAGGAAUACGGUGGCGACGGCUCCGGUGGUACACCGCUGUGUCCAUCAGAUGUCGCCGCCGAUGGCGUAUCCGGUUGGCGUGGAGCAAUCUUUUCGAAGGAAUAAUAUUCCUCUGCCUCGCCAGGGUUACCAUGGUCAGGGAAACGGUGGCCACUCGUAUCUGAUCCACAACGGCAACCACUGGCAAAAAGAUUAAGAAGCGGUUCUGAUUAAAAGAAAGAAUUAGAAAAUGGAUAUAAGAAAUUUUACGAUAAAUAUAGAAGAAGAUUAAAAUCAAGUCAAAAAGGAGAGGGGAAAAGUCAUGUAAAAUGGGACUGUAAAAUGGUUGAGAAGAAUUGCGGUUACAUUGUGAUCCAAUUGCUUGCUUGCACAUUAAUGAAUUUCUCUCCAAUUUCGUUCUGGCUCCA